GCGUGGGUCCCUUCGAGUGUUUUCCUCCAGAAUUUUAUUUUGAAGAUGGCACGGCGCUGCGAGGGUUCGGCGACGGACGCCAUGGCCACGGUGUCCGGCCCAACCGAUCGCGCAAAUGCCAUGGGCCAGUUCGGCGCGUUGCGUGCGUGACACGGCAACGGGUAGCGGAUUUGAUCUGUCGAGUUGGGAUUCAAACUGCGUUUGGGAGGAAGCUGGCCGUGUAGUUCAGCUACGCGACGACCAUGUCCUCCGCCGCAGCCGCCGGCAGUGCUACCGAGAAGCGCUACUUCUGCCACCAGUGCAGCCGGACCUUCACCGCGACCGCCGCCGAUGGCACCGGCCUCAUCUGCGCCCAUUGCCAUGGCGACUUCGUCGAAGAGUUCGACCUCCCUUACCCCGAUUCUAACCCUAACCCUAGCCCCGAUCCCGAUCCCGAUCCCGACUUGCGCUUCUCCAUCGACGAUUCGGACGCCUUCUCCGCCAUACCGUCGCUUCUCUCCGCCCUCAUCGACCUCGCCGCUGCUGGUCCCAGUCCCACAGUUGAGAAUCCGUCCGCCGACGUCGAAGGUUCGCCGAACAGCCCCGUAUCCGUCCUCAGGGGCCUUCUUCAGACCCUUUCCCUCGGACUCCCCGGUGCCCACGAAGGGCGAACCUUCGUGGGCAACAUUGGCGACUAUUUCGUUGGCCCGGGGUUGGAGCAGCUGAUCCAGCAAUUGGCCGAGGACGAUCCCAACCGGUACGGCACACCGCCAGCAUCCAAGUAUUCCAUGGAGUCCCUUCAGGACGUCAAGAUCACGGAGGGAUUGUUGCGGUCGGACGAGUCCCAGUGCUCGGUUUGCUUGGACUCUUUCGAGACUGGCGUAAUAGGAAAGACGAUGCCAUGCCGUCACAUCUACCACAAGGAAUGCAUCCUCCCAUGGCUCGAGCUGCACAACUCAUGCCCUGUUUGUCGAUAUGAACUGCCCACGGAUGAUCUUGAUUAUGAACGUCGCAAGUUGCCUCAAUUCAAUCUAGUUGAUCAAGGUACUUCGUCAAUCGGGAGCGCUAUGGACGGGGAGCCUGAAGUUGAAGGAAGUUCAUCAGUGCAGACUCGGGAAUCUGGUGGUAAUGGGGAUCCUUUGUCAGAAACCCAUUGAUUUGAACGUUUGUGGUCCACCCACAUACAGGAGCAGAAUGGAAAUUGCUUUUUCGACACAUAUACUAUCAGAAUUCAAGUUACAUAGGUGCCACCUUGCUGAAGGUAAUCACUAAGCCUGAUUUUAUCUGCUCAAAAGUCUCACCUUGUAUUGCCGAGGUACUUAUGUCAUAGAUAUCAAUUUAAUUAGUUCACAUGUAAUAACAAAAACAAUUUUUACACAUUGUAAAAUUAUUUGUGGAACCGAUCAUUCUAGCUUAAGUCAAUGGUAAUUUCAAUGACAUGGAUUAGACACAACAAAUGCAAUUAUGCAUUUCAUUAAUGAGAAUUUCUACAAAUGUA